GCUUGGUAUGCCGAACCUGACCCGCAAUGCCAGGCCGAGGUCCGAUUGCACACAUCGACCGCCGCCUGUGCCAAUCAUCCAAUCGCAGGGGCACCCCUGCAGACACCCACCGCAAGACACGGCUGCGUCCGACAUCCAAGAGAGUGCCCGAACAAUAUCAGGGGACGGCGGGGCUCAGGACAUAUGCAGGCCGGCCGUCCUUGCAGCGGCACAUAUGUCGGUGGCCAGCAGUCAGUCAUAUACGGCACCUCGAGCGCCGCUUGCCCAAACGCAGACCGAGACCCUUCGUUCUUCAAACGCUUCUUGGACCUUGUGCCAACUUCAACAGUCGCUGCUGUCUCUCCCAGUUCCGUUUUGGACCAGAAUCGCCAAUGAAGCUCCAGUCACUGCUGUGGUGCUAUUUGAUUGCCUGCUCGCUUGAGCAUCAAGUGGUGCUGGCGAUGCCCGCAAUGAACCCACCAGGCAUACCAGCCCCGACAUCUUCUCAAUCCCACAACUCCCACAGCGGCCCGGGACUGUGGCCGCCUGGUGUCGACGCUGGCCAGAGCGACAACACUGACCAGGGCGGCAACGCCAACCAAGAUGGCGGCACUAUCCAGCGCCGAAACACCGGCGACCAUCUUCCUCAGCACAUGCGAGCGAUCCGAAGCAUCGCCGAGGCCCAUUCGGGCAAGGGCGUCGCCGCCGGCGAUGCUGCUUCGGGGCCGUCGCUGGUCGGUAGAAUCCUCGCGUUUCCACGCCAGGUGGCCGACCCGGUUGUGCAAUUUGUGAAGGGCAAGAUCGGCAGUGUGCAGCCUCUGGGCCACCGGGAUGUGGUUCACGGCAUAAAGGUCGACAGGGUUCUCAAGAGAGCUGAUUCAGAGAAGGUUUCGGCCGGCCAUCUUGAAGCGUUUCCAAAAUGAAACGGGACACCCCGUUUUUAACCAUGAUAGUAGUUUUUUCUGUGACCUGAAUACACCCACACACUCAUC